AUGCUUCAAACGACUUUACUCGCUUGCCUCGCUGCUCUCUGCAAUGGCCAAUUCGUUAUUCCCCUUCCAGCUCUUACAGGACCUAGUCAGGUUGGCACCAUUACUCUAGAGCUAGUCGACAAUACACGUCUCGAUCCUCUGAGUCCAACACCUCAGGCCCGGGAUCUGAUGAUUUCGGUUUUCUAUCCCAUCCAGCACACCCGACGUUACACGCUUUCUCCCGCCUACGAUCCUCUAUACGCCGAGUUCUUAACCACUUCUCUCGGUGUCCCUCCAGGAAUUUUCUCAAGUGUCAUUUCUCAAUCUUACGCUGGUGCAUAUCUCCAUCCUCCAGAUGCCAAUCCAGGACAACCCAACAUUCUCCUAUACUCCCCCGGCUACGGUGGUUCAAGAGAGGAAUAUACGGCAACACUCGAAAACCUAGCAUCUUAUAACUACAUCGUCGUAGGCAUAGACCACCCAUACGACACUGGAUUCAUCGCAUACCCCAACAACCGCACCGUCACCCCCAUCGGCGACCCAAUAGGCGACUCUCCAGACGUUCCCGCUACAUCCGCAAAUCUAACACAAUACCGCGCCGCGGACUUCAUUUCCGUGAUCAACGCCCUAGGCAAGAAUGCGACUUUCGCAAAGCAAAUCCCAGGUGUCCACGGCAAGCUCGACGUCUCGAAAGUCGGAGUCCUAGGCCACAGUCUUGGGGGUGCUUCCGCCGCUACAGCCAUGGCCUUGGACUCCCGCUUUGCUUGCGGUUCCAACCUCGACGGCGCAUUCUGGGGCAAUCUCACGCAGAUCUCCAAAGCUGUUACCAAGCCGUUCCUGCUAGUAGAAGCGAAUGGACACAAUAGAACCUCCGACGCAUCGUUUGCUGCGUUCUUGGAUGCGAAUCCGAAGGGGAAAUAUGUGCUUGAUGUGAAGAACGCGAAACAUGCAACGUUUACUGAUUUGGCAUAUUUGUCUGAUGUCGCCAAGGCCGCUGGGAUUCCGGUUCCUGAGCAGGAUUUUGGAACGAUUGGGGGAGAGCGGAUGUUAGUUCUUCUAGCGAAGUAUCUGGAUGUGUAUUUCCGGAAGUGUCUUGGUGGUGGUGAUAUUAAGAAGGGCUUGGAAGGAGUGACUGGAUUUCCUGAGGUCACUUUAAGCUAG